AUAAACCCUCCCAACUUUUUUUCUAUGUGCUGUUAGAAGGACAGUAAUUAUUCUUGCAAGCAGGUCCACAGUCACAGAUUUGGAUGUACUCAGUGGCUGCAAAAGAAUUCGAAGGGAAAGGAAGCAUAAGUACGACCUAGAUCAGAAAAUACUUCCAUAUUUGUACAAUACGACUGGAAGGACGAGGCGCCUUCAUGCUUCGCAGCUGAAGGGGCAAGUCAGACUCCUCCUGGGUGUGAGUACCACAGACUAAAUCUUCCCUUUGUUUGUUAAAUUAGAGCAAACAUAUGCUGCCAGCUACCACAGCCAACUGCCACAUCAGCAAAGACUAAACCUGGCCAGAGGAGCUUCUAAGCAAGAAAUCACAUUUUCUAGGGUUUGGAAGAGUCAGUAUGUUGGAUCAGAUUCAUCUGCUCGCUGCUGUGACAGUCCUGGGAGUCCUGGAGCAAGCCUACUUCUUCCUCCAGGUGAUCUAUGCUAGGAGGUUGUUUGGCAUUUCACCUCCAAAGACCUCGGGCCCACCUGAAUUUGAGAGGGUCUUUCGAGCACAGGUGAACUCCUCUGAGUAUUUUCCAAUUUUCCUGGCACUUCUGUGGCAGGCUGGACUCUUCUUCCAUCAAGGUCUAGCUGCAGCUUUGGGUCUGCUCUAUCUCUACUCCCGCUACUGCUACUUUACAGGAUACAGGGCAUCAUCUUCAGAAAGGCUCGCCCCGAUAUACUUUUCCACUGGAGUUCUCUGGAUUCUCGUUGGAGCAUCAGCCCUGGGUAUCCUGCAUUCCUUGCUCUCUCACUACGUGGGGCUGAACGUCCUCCAACUUCUCACAGCGUGACCCAGUCCUCUGUCCUUCCUCAGUGUCCUCACCUUGGAGUUCUGCUCCCUCCUGCACUUCGUUACAGACUGGCUGCAACUCACACAGCCCCCAGCAACAAAUCCACCCUCAUCUGAGUUUUUAUCACCUCCCUUCUCGCUGCCCAGCACCAGCACGAACUGCUGAGCUCUUCAGGAGGUAUUUUUCCCCCACGGCACUUUUGUGUGCCAGGUGCUCCGUAUCUGGCAGCUCCAUCAUGCGAAACACCAACGAUCCAAAACAAGGAGAGUUUUAGGAAAGCUGGAUGCAUAAAAGCAAACUCUUCUCAGUCUGAGUUUCCCAGUGAGCUUCCCCAGGGAAUGGCCAUGUGUUCCCUGUUCUCCAACAGCCCUGCCUGCAGCCAGGGCACUGAACACGGGUUCAUGCCAGUUUUCCGAGGCCACACCUAUUAAAGGCAUUUGUUUGGAAUUCAGUGUGGGCUGCGGCAUAACAAAAGAGGUGAGGGGUAAACAGGAGCAGCCAUCAACAUGUUGCACAAAGGUCUGUUAGUGCCUUCAUGCUGCUCAUCAGCCAUUGCCUAUGAGACUGCACAAACUCAUCACUGCUGCGUGUGUGACUUCCAACACUGCUUGGCAACAAGGUGCACAAUUAAAAAGUCACUGAACUUGCUGUUCUAGGUGUCUCUUUGUGAGUCUGCAGCUAGCAGGGAACAGCAACAUGAGUGUUUGAAUGCAAGGUGGCUGCCUUGGUUUCCCUGAUGCGCAGUCCAACACAGCCUGCAACCUUGUGUGCCACAAGAGGAGAGCUCUGAGGAGGGAGAUGCUGAGCUCGCCGAUUGGGUGCUGAGCCGCUCAGCACCAAGAAGUGUUUUCCACUGGGUGGUUUGCAUGGUGCUCAAGUCCCACCUGCAUCAGGAAGGGCUGGAUUUUCACAGGAAUCCACCAUUCACAACACUGAUGCUUUUGACCAUUGGUGCAUUUGGUGCCCUCCUGUUAGUGACACAGCUCAGGAAACACCAGCAAUGCUCCCUGUGUCGUCACAGGGGGAAUUCACACCAAACCCAGAGAACAAAAAUAACUGCAUGAGCAUGCUGCCAGUCUAACCACACUGUAAAGCCCACUGGUCACCCCUCCCUUCACCAGCAGCAGGCAUAUCUAUACUGUAAGAACAAAAGGCAGGGUUUUUUUGAGGAAGUGAUUAAUUCUUCACAUUGUUUCAUUUCCUUCCCUGCAUUUUAAAUUGGCUUACCCAGCAAAACCCCCAGUCUAUUUUGCUUUUGGGCUCUCCCACCUUGGAGUCCUGCCACUGCAUUGAGGCUGGCAAACACUGCAGGGGAAGGCUUAAAGCCAGAUAAAAAUAACUGUACAACACUUGUCUCUACAAAGUUUUUGGUGCAGCGCAGCCCCAUCCUCACAGGAACCCCUGAGUGUCACAGUGAGAUAAACAACAACUUUUUUCCUGGCAUCUUUGGUGACACACUUCCAAAAAGGUUGAGCAUAGUUUAACCCUGGCUGUGCCUUAGCAAGGUCUGGGGCUAGCAAGGGAGGGACAGACAUACCACCUGCCCCCAGGGAGAUUUCACUUAGCCUUUACAUUAACAGGUCCCACCAUCUCCUGAAGUUGAUCCCCAGUCUUCACCUUUUUACCAGUACGAGUCACCUCCCAGAGGGUUAAUACAGAAGGACCAGCCCCAGCUACUGGUGCAGGUCCUGACUCCAUGUCAAAACCCCACUGUUUGGGGUUAGUCCAAGUGGAUGCUCAGUGGUUCUGCAAACACAAUCUCUGUCUUAUCCUACAACCAAUUUUCUAAGCCUGCUGUAUCAACCUGGAGCCACUACCCACCUCAGCCCCGCUUGUGUCCACUCUGUGUGUGACAGGGCUGCAGAAUGACUCAGAGGAGGGAAAUUAAUGAUUCAGCAGUGAGUUGUAGCCAGCUUCUCCCCUUGGAUUCACAGAAGACCAUUAAAAAUCCUGUCAUGUCGCAGUCAGGCUCUGGCCUUGGUAUCUGCCAUCACUAGUUCUGCCAUAGAAAACCUGCUGGGCACAUCACUGGCCCUUCAAGCCACUGUCAGAGGGGCCACUUCAGGUGCCUUGAGCAGAAGGAAAGCUGCUCCCCUCCAUUAGGGCUGCUGUCAUUGCUCUGCUGCUUCAUCAAAGAAAACGGCUUUGCACUAGUCCAUGGUUCAA